AUGAAGAGCCAUGCUCUUUCUGUAGAAAUAGAUAAAGAUCAAAGUUACAAGUAUAAUGAAAAUCAAACAAACAAUAAUAUUGUGGCUCAAGGACUAAGAAUCAUUUCUGUUACUACUACCGGUAAUUAG